CAGGUGGGUAGGUCCCCACCUCACCUCUACCAAAAUCUAAACUCCACUGUGUCUCUGAGUCGUAUGAAACUGUAACAUACCAUUAAUGCACUAACCCACUAGGGCCACUACUCCAAAACCAAAACCCUUGUUUCAAAAUCUCAUCUUUUCCCCAAAUUUCACCCGCUUUCUUAUUCCAAACCCUAAUUUUCCUAGGGUUACCGUUGGCACCACCACCCACUCAUUCAACCACUAGGGCCACUACUCCAAAACCAAAACCCUUGUUUCAAAAUCUCAUCUUUUCCCCAAAUUUCACCCGCUUUCUUAUUCCAAACCCUAAUUUUCCUAGGGUUACCGUUGGCACCACCACCCACUCAUUCAGUCACAAACUCAAAAAUGGAAUAAAAACCUAUCCUCAAACAAGUUUAAAACUGAAAAUGAAACGAGACCAUCUAUCUGAAUGCGGUGGUUGCGUUUCCAAUCACGGCUUGCUCCUCCAUAACGUUCGCCACCGUGGCAGUUACCGCCGUUUAUGCACCAACUGCAUCUUGAAAUGUCACCAAGGACUCUUUUGCCCAAUCUGUCUCCAAGUUUACGAAACUUCACCUCCCCCUCCUAACGUGCGUCUCAUGUGCGUCAAAUGCCCCUCCAUUUGCCACCUCUCUUGCUCCUCCUCCUCCUUACCGUCCUGUCCUACCUCAGCUUUCGUUUGUCCACCUUGUUCAAACCCUAAUUUCAUCUUCUUCAAAGUCAACGGAGACACCCAGAUGAAUAGUAAUACUGCUACUGAUAAUAGUACUAAUAGUAAUGGAAAUGGUGAUAAUAAGAAGUUUCUCGAUGUGGGUUCGGCCAGGGCUUUAGUUGCGGCCGCCAAGAUUGCAGCUUUAUCGAUGAGUAAAGCGGCUGCUAUGGCGAGAGUUGAGGCGGAGAGGAGAGUUAAGGAGGCUGCUUUGGCGAAGAAACGAGCUAGAGAGGCACUGGAAAGGCUUGUAUACUUGGCAGCUGAAGAGAGGGAGAGAGAAUUGAAGAAAGGGAGUGGUGGGGUUUUGGUGAAAUAUAAUAAUGAUAAAAAUGGAGGAGAGAAGAGCAGUAAUGGGUUGCAUCCCGUUCCAUCUGGUGCAGUUGCAGGGCACUAUCAACAUCAAGAAAGCAAUCAUGGAAUUGGAAAAUAGAUUUGCGUAUUGCAAAGUAUUCAUUUUGCUUGUUUUGAUUGGGUAUGGUGACUUGCUAAGGCUAAUUUUUGUUGUUUGAUGGGGUGAUUUGCCUUGUAAGUCUUGUAGAGAUGAUUUGGCCUUAGAGUAGAUUGUUGUGUAAUCGAGGUUUUGGAUUUGUUAAGCUGUACUGUGUCUUGCUCAAUAUAGUUGUACGUAUUUUCGCAA